AUGGGAAUCAUUCCUUUCGCUAUUUCAUAUUACUUGUCAGCUUUUGUUUUAGCAAAUGACAUGCUAAAUCAAUUCCAACAAAUCAAUGACAGUGGGGCAUUAGUAUCUUCUAGACGAGAUUUCAAGUUAGGCUUCUUCAGUAAAAGCAAUUCGAGGAGCCGAUACUUGGGGAUAUGUGGGGGAAUAGUUGCUUGGUCUACCAGUAUCUGGAAUAUAUCAUCAAAACCCACUGUUGCACUGCUCUUAGACUCUGGAAAUCUUGUUUUGAGAAGUGAAAAUGGUGGGAACACAGAAAGUUAUAUUUGCCAAAGCUUUGAUCAACCUUCAAAUACACUGAUAGCUGGUAUGAAGCUGGGAUGGGACUUGAGAGUCGGUUUGGACCAGUAUUUGACAUCAUGGAAGAGCGCAGAUGACCCUUCUCCCAAAGAUAUCUCUUGUCGGUUCGAUCUUGAUGGUCUUCCACAAGGUGUUAUAUGUAAAGGGUCUGUUAAGCAGUACCGAACUGGGAUAUGGAACGGGCUACAGUUUAAUGGUGUUGAGCCUCAAAACUCUAUCUUCAAUGCUAAUUUCAUCGAUAAUUUAGAGGAGGUGUAUUUCGAGUUUGAUCUAUAUCAACAGAUAACAAGGCUGGUUUUGAAUUACACCGGGACAAUGCAAUGUGUGAUAUGGAACAAUAGGAACCUUGAGUGGGUUGUCAUUAAUACAGUACCUAGUAAUCCAUGCAAAAGAUAUGGCCAGUGUGGUCCUAAUUCUAUUUGCACAAUCUCUAAUGCAUUCACAUGUAGUUGUUUGGAUGGAUACAUUCCUAAAUCUUCGCAAGAUUGGAAUACAAUGGUUUGGAAUGGUGGGUGCAUUCACAAAUACCCAUUAAACUGCUCUGAUGGAGAAGAAUUUGUGGCAUUCAGAGGCAUGAUCGUCCCUAAUUUGUCAAAGUUUUCUCUGAACACUAGUAUGACACUUAAAGAAUGUGAGUUGGAGUGUUUAAAGAAUUGUUCUUGUGCUGCUUAUGCUAACUCCAAUACUACUAGAGAGGCAUGUGGAUGCUUGCUUUGGUAUGGGGAUCUGAUUGAUAUUAAAAGAUUCGCAAAUCCUGGCGAUCAAACUUUGUAUAUUCGGGUUACAGCUGCAGACCUCGAGUCUAGAUCAGAUUCCAAGGAGAAGAAGAAGAAGCUGCUGUUGGUGAUUAUCCCCGUCUCAGUGGCUUUGUUGUCGUUCCUCCUUGCUUCUUGUGUCAUGUGGAAGAGGAUAAAACAAACAAAAGAUGUAUACUCGGAUCAUGUAGAAAACUAUCCUGAACAAACACCAUAUAUGAAGGUUGAGGUACUAAGCUACAUAAGACAUCCAAACAUGGUUCUUCUUCUGGGUGCCUGCCCUGAGUAUGGAUGCCUUGUUUAUGAAUACAUGGAAAAUGGCAGCUUAGAAGAUAGGCUCUUCCCGAAAAACAACUCUCCUCCAUUGCCAUGGAAAACACGCUUCAGAAUAUCUGCUGAGGUCACCACUGCUCUUCUUUUUCUUCACCGAACAAAGCCACAGCCUCUACUGCAUCGAGACCUCAAACCUGCAAACAUUCUUUUAAACCGAAACUAUGUGAGCAAGAUCAGCGACGUUGGUUUAGCCAGGACUUCUGGCUCUUCCCAAACUUCGAAUGAACUAGAGGCUGAAAUGAGGAGAUUAAGAGAUCAAUUUAACCAAAUGAUGGAGAUGUACAAUUCAGUUUGCAAAGAAGCAAUCUCUUCCAAAGAGAAGGCAAAGGAGAUUGAUGAAUGGAGGCCAGAGGAGGAACGCAAGGUUAUGGAAGCAAAGCAAGCCCAAGAGGCUGCGAUGGCUUUGGCCGAGAUGGAAAAACAUAAAACCAAGGUGGCAAUUGAAGCAGCACUGAUGGCACAUUUAAUAUAA